AACCUAGAGGAAAAAAAUUAUUCAAUCCUAUGUCAUAUGGUAGGGAUGCAUAUGCAAAUAUGAUUCAAAAGCACUAACAUUAAUCAAGAAUAUAAACAUUGCAUUUGGCCUGGACAAAUGUAUAAAAUUGAAAAAAAAAAAGAAAAGCAAAUAAACUAUAGCGAGGUUAAGUUGAAUUUUGCAUGCCCGCCAUUGUGCAAAACAUAAAAUUUCUUAUUCAACUCUAUGUCAUCAGGCGGGUGGUGUCUCAAUUGGCGCCGGACAAACCGUAUCGCAAUCUAGAAGUUCUAUUGUACUCGCCCAUAACGUUAGGCAUCAAGUUUUACGAUUUUUAUAAAUCCCGCUAUCUUGCUUGGAUCGGAGCACCACACCAUGUCCGGCAUUGUAAAAUGCUCGCCAAAUACAUGGUGCCAGCUUCUGCAGAAGGCUUCACAUUCAUAUGGAAUAUGAUGGGACGUCUCUCUCGUUCCUUGACAGGAUCUUCAAGAAUCGGUAUCGGAUAUAUUCGUGUUUUUCAUAUGGUACCUGAGGAAAUUAUGAUCGGUGUGGAAGCCCGUGAUUAAACAUAGGUCGCUUCUUUCUAGUUUCAGGAGCUUAUGUGCCAUGACGUGCCGUUCUACUGCACGUUGCUUCCAACGGCAAACCGAUUUCUUCUGUGCCCACUGCGAUACCAUCCUGUUAAUUUGGUUUCUUGGUACGCCAUAGAAAGAUUCAAGAUCUAACAUGGCUAGACAGACAAUUUUUUCGUUGAGCUCAAAACCCGAAUGCCUAAGCACAUAUAUUAGAUACACAUCGUUGCGCCAGUCUAGUUCAUUCAAUGUCUGAAGGCAGCCUAGGCAUAAACCUAGAUGUUAAUAUUCACCCCUUUAGGGACUUAAAGGUGGCUUGACUGUCGGAGUAAAUGCAGAUUAGCUCUCUCCUGCACAACCUUAUUAUGCAUUUAGACGAACAUGCGGAGAUUUCGUAAACUUCUGCAUCUAAUAUAAGGGGAGGGAGGGGCGUCGGGAAUAAAAGUUUCUACAAAAUAUUUUCCCAAAAAUUAUGACAACUCUAUCCCUCUUGGCGGUAGGUUGCAUACUGAGCUAUUUACGGAUUAAGAGAGGCGGUAUUUAUUUAUCUAUUUAGUACAAGUACAUUCCGUUACACUUACAAUCCCCAGCAGAUCUAUAAAAGUACUCCUUUUAAACUUAUUGAAAAUAACUAAUAUAGAGUUCUUAACUAAUUGAAUCAUCACUUUAUAAAAUGAACAAGCUUCACGGAGAACAUUGGCUGAGUUCGGCUAAAGUUCACCUUCGCAAAAAUUACCGCCCUUGAUAUGAUUUCUGGAAGUCGAAAAACUAUCGUAGAAUUGGCAGCUCCCGUUAAAAUUAAAGUCCAAAACUGUCAAUGGAUGAAAUAAUUCGUAAUUUAUCGGAGAGUGGAGCAACUUAAUUAACACCUAAUGCCUACUAGAUCGAAAUUACCUCAACAAAAAUUUAUAAUGACGAAAUACCUAGCGCUCGGCGAGUUUUAUCCAGAAAUUUUGAAAAUUAUAAAUUUUUUUCACAUAACGAAUUUUCAAAUUAAGGUAUCAUAGAGGAAUGGUCAUAGAAGUGAUCCGAAUCGAACCAUUUUCAAUCGCUUUCGUUCUUAGGCCAAAAUAAGCCAUAAAUUGCGUCCUAUAAGUUAAAAGGGAGAAUACAUGGGCAGACAUCAGACGGACAGACCGCCGGACCAGCGUAGAUCGCCUCAGAAAUUGAUUGUUAAUACGAUUCUGAGCCGAUCGAAAAUAAAAGAAAAUUUGCUACAAAAUAAUUGUUGCAACGGCAGCAUGGGCGGUAGCAAUUUUGUAAGCGGAACAAAUAGUUUUCCUGAGAAAGACGAUCCUGGCGACGGUUUGGGACCACUACCGCCAAAAUGGGAAACUGCGUAUACCGAAAGAGGUGAAUUAUAUUUUAUCGAUCACAAUACCGGCACAUCGCAUUGGCUGGAUCCACGUUUAUCAAAAUUUCAAAAAAAGUCUCUAGAGGAAUGCGGUGAAGAUGAGCUGCCUUAUGGUUGGGAAAAGAUAGAAGAUUCCCUAUACGGCACGUACUAUAUAGAUCAUGUAAAUCGACGCACUCAGUAUGAAAAUCCAGUUCUCGAAGCAAAACGUAGAGCAGCUGAGCAAAGGCAAAAACAACAAAGUCCUCACCAACAGCAGCAAGUAAAUUCUCAACAACGACCGCAAACGCCAUCAUCACAAAGUAUUUUAAAUGGUGCUGGAGCAAGUACUGCGUUAAGUUCAGUAUCGUCUGGUUCGACGAUGUCCACCGUAGAUAUAUCUCAACGAGCUAUGCAUCCACCACCGCCCGGCGAACUUCAUAACGCGAAUAGAACUUUAUUGCCGUACAAAUUUACACGGAAUCCGUCUGAAAUGCAAGGGGAACGUAUCACCAGAACACUUUUAAAAUCCGCUCGAGGUUUAGGUAUAACAAUUGUGGGUGGCGAUGAUGGCGUAGAAGAAUUUCUACAGAUUAAAUCCAUUGUACCGAAUGGCCCAGCAUGGCUCGAUGGACGAUUGCAAAUGGGUGACGUUCUUGUUUAUGUAAACGACACUUGCGUAUUGGGUUUUAGUCAUCAUGAAAUGGUCAAUGUUUUCCAGUCAAUUAUGCCAGGUGAAACGGUUACAUUAGAGAUAUGCCGUGGUUAUCCUUUGCCCUUUGAUCCAAACGACCCAAACACUGAAGUUGUAACCACCAUAGCGGUUGAUGGUCUCAAUUCAGAAUCAGAGAAGCAAGGACACCUCCUUAUGGAUCUCAAUAUGGACGGGAAUUACAAUUUUCUGGAUUCUUCCAUUGGCAGUAAUAGCAAUCCGGGCAAUAAACUAAGUACUCUCGAUACCAGUGGUUUUAUAUUAAUGAAAAAACCGGAACUUCAUACCAUUUCGAUUCUAAAAGGCGCCAUGGGUUUUGGUUUUACUAUAGCUGAUUCCGCAUUUGGUCAGAAAGUUAAGAAAAUCUUGGAUCGGGCUUGUUGUAAUGAAUUGCAGGAGGGAGACAUUCUCUUAGAAAUUAAUGAUGUCGACGUCAAAAAUAAAUCGCAUUUAGAAGUGGUGCAAAUAUUAAAGGAUUGUUCGAAAACAGAACCGACUUCAGUCAAAAUACAAAGGUCCACUAAAAAUUCCAAUUCAGUUUUACCAAAUUCUUCCACAACAGUUGCUGAAAGUGUAGCUAAGCUACGAAAAAAUUUUAUGGGUACUGCCACUGGCAUCGGAAGCAAUGCUUUGUUUCGCAGCAAAACUCCCACUGCCGAUUUAUAUAGUACAAUGCAAAAAGAGAUUUUGCCCAUACGUCCCAAGACACCACUUGUCGAUACACGAUGCGUGCGAACCAAUUCUUCGGGCACCAAGUUUGCUGAAGAACAGGAUUUAGGUGCUGUCGACAAUAGCAACGUAGAUAACGGUCCGGUUGAGCAGUGUUCGUUGACCGAAAGCAAAUCUCAAUUAACCGAACUGAACAAAUCGCGUAAUUCCCUCUCAGAAGCGGAAAUCGCAAACCACGAUAUCCCAUUUAUGGACCCGUAUCCGAAAAUGGUUUCUAGUCUCAGUGAACGUUUAGCAUGCGUCAGCAUGCCUACCGAUGGAUUACCCCCAUCUUCAGCAGAAAAUGGAUAUUUACGUACAACAGCGUCAGGGGUACCAAAUUAUGAAAAUCAAUCAGACUAUAUUAGCACUGGUAGUGGCAAUUGCAGUUCCAUAUAUGGUCUGGCGCAAAUGCCGCCAAUAAUGAGUCCCUUAAGCGGUGGUUUAUAUGGGCAGCAAGUAAAUUCAAUAGCUCCGUUGGGUUCGAUGGCACCCAUUGCACCCAUUACAUACCAUUACCAUCAUGACUCCUGCUUUUGCUGUGAGUGCCAAGAUUAUCGCAACAAUCGCUUGAGAAAUGUUAACUCUACGCAUCAUCCUCUCCCUCAGCAAGCCUUUUACACCGGUUACUCAAUAGCAUCGAAUUUACACAAUCAUUCACCUGCCUCUUUAUCCAGUUUCCAAGCAGCUCAUUUUCAAAAUGAACGAAUGCAAAAACGUGUUAAUGAAUUGCUCAGUGAUCGUAGACGUGUGGGACUUUCCCCCCUCGAACACAAUCACAAUUUAGCUAAUGCCCCGGUCAAUGAAUAUGCAUCUUCACCCAUGCCUCAACAACCGCCGCCAAUAUUGCAUCAACAUCCGCAACAUCCGCAACACUCACCUGUUGUCAGUGGUAUUUCUCAAGUAGCGGGCAGUAAUUGGCAUAACAAUGGGAUGAUGCAAGCACCCGUAGCAUUAGUACGUAAUGGUGGUUUAGUCGAGUCAACAGAUAUUUUAGACGGGUCAGGCGAACAGUAUGUGUUGUCGGAAGUUACUUUGCAGCGUCAAGCAUUAGGGUUCGGCUUCCGUAUCGUUGGCGGCACGGAGGAGGGCUCGCAAGUGACAGUUGGGCAUAUUGUACCCGGAGGUGCAGCAGACCAUAAUCAUCGCAUUGCCACUGGAGAUGAGAUAUUAAGCAUAGAUGGCAUUAAUGUGGUUAAUGCUUCACAUCACAAAGUUGUUUCGCUAAUGGGAGAAGCAGCACUGCGUGGCCAAGUGACCAUGAUAUUGAGACGACGUGCUCGCAAUACUUCAACGAUUUAUCAGAAUUCUCUCCCUGUUCAUUUACUGCAGCAGUCCGCCAUGCCAAGGAGCACUUCUGCAAUACAUUAUUCUUACGAUGUCAUUGUAACACGUCACGAAAAUGAAGGCUUUGGUUUCGUUAUUAUAUCAUCAUCCAAUCAAUAUUAUGGAUCCACCAUCGGAAAGCUCAUACCAGGCAGUCCGGCUGAUCGUUGCGGAGAGUUAAAAGUAGGUGAUCGUAUACUUGCCGUGAAUCGCGUAAAUAUUGCAGGGAUGUCACACGGCGAAGUAGUGAACCUUAUCAAAGAAUCAGGAUUACAUGUGCGCCUAACGAUUACGUGUUCUAAAGAAGGAAACAGCAUGAACCCUGCACCAGUUGGAAGUAGCAACAGUUUACAAUUAAAUUCAGCUCAAGCUUCACCAGGUCAAAUCUCCCAAGCAGGGAUUGAAAAUACAGAUGUCGGCUUCUUUGAAAGGCCAUUAUUAAGCGCCGGUUCCAACUCGGGCUCUAUUUCAUCCUCAACCUCUUAUAUGCCGACUUCUCUAACAUCAUCGAAAGCUUUACCUACACCGCCUCAAUUAUGACUUUGAGAUUUGCGUAUUAAACUUCUCAAAAGUUUCCUUUAGUAUAUCCGAAAGCCAUUAUAAUUGAGAUUGGUCAGGCCUUUCCCACCAUUAUCGCUUAUUGUGCGUUAGUUACACACAUUCACAGUCAGGCACAGUUAAUUCCUUAUUGUAAGAUUAUUUUUAAUCAAACUUAUUAAUGCAAUUUCCCAUCCAAAGACUGAUUUUUCUCAAACGCAAACUUCUAGCGUAAUUGUAUUUCACUGCUAAACACAUAUCAAGUUAUUUCAUUCUUUUCAUGUUUAUAGAACGACUUUGACAAAUGCACAUAUCGUUUAUUUAUAACAA